GAGAGGAGGGCGCGGCCGCCUGCCUGCGCGGGCCCGGCUCGCCACGGUGCCCUGUGAGAAGCGAGAGGAAGGCGGAGGCGGCGGCGGCGGCAGCGGGGAGGAGGGCGCUGCCAUCGUCCUGCUGCACGGCAAGGCCAGCUUGGCGAGCCUGGCUAUGGCUGCCAUCCGCAAGAAGCUGGUGGUGGUGGGGGACGGUGCCUGUGGCAAGACUUGUCUCCUCAUCGUCUUUAGCAAGGAUGAGUUCCCCGAGGUCUACGUGCCCACUGUCUUCGAGAACUACGUGGCUGACAUCGAGGUGGAUGGCAAGCAGGUGGAGCUGGCCCUGUGGGACACUGCUGGCCAGGAGGACUAUGACCGCCUGCGCCCCCUUUCCUACCCGGACACUGAUGUGAUCCUCAUGUGCUUCUCUGUGGACAGCCCGGACUCACUGGAGAACAUCCCGGAGAAGUGGGUGCCCGAAGUCAAGCACUUCUGCCCCAACGUCCCCAUCAUCCUCGUGGCCAACAAGAAAGACCUGCGCAAUGAUGAGCAUGUGCGCAACGAGCUGGCCCGCAUGAAGCAGGAGCCGGUGCGCACUGAGGAUGGCCGUGCCAUGGCCAUUCGCAUCCAGGCUUACGACUACCUGGAGUGCUCAGCCAAGACCAAGGAGGGUGUCCGGGAGGUCUUUGAGACAGCAACCCGGGCGGCCUUGCAGAAGCGCUAUGGCACGCAGAACGGCUGCAUCAACUGCUGCAAAGUCCUAUAGGGUGUGGCUGGAGCAUGGCGCUGGGUACAGCACCUGGGUCACCUGUUAGCAGGCAGAGGGGAGCUGGGUUAGGCAUGCAUAUGGCAUCUGCCUGUCCCCUUUGUGGGGGGGCUGCCAAUGAAUUGGGGUGGGGGCUAAGGGAGGGAGCAUGCUCCCUUAGCCUUGGCCAUAAAGGGUUGCACUGGCUCAGUUAUGGGGACGGAGGGAGGGGUGGAUUGCAUGUCCUGAGUUUUGGGAAUAAAGUAGGAAGAAGCCUUCUCCUACCAUCAGCCCCUCCCAACAAAAAGCUGCUGAGACUGGACUGAGCACCUGGCUCUUCCCCUUUGCCCACCACCUGCUGCUCCCAGCCAGACUCUCUUUUACAAGAGGAGAGUAAUGGAGCUGAGAUGCUCAAAGGGACUUCUGCCACCUGCCUGCAUGUGCAUUCCCCAGGCAGGCUGGGGAAGGGGGCUGCAUCUCCUAGGCUGCCUGCAGCAUCCCCGCCUCUCCCAGAGGUGCCACAGCCUGAGCCUGACCUGCUGUGGGAUCUCGUGCCCUGAAGACCAAGACUGAGAGGGGAGGGUCAUCCCGAGUGAAGCCUGUAUAUAUCUUACCUUUUCUGUCUUGUGAAAACUGGGGUAGUGCUUGUUGAAAGCAAGGUGGGGAGGGGGUGCCCAGCUGGGACUUGUGUUAUGCAAAGGAACUUGCCCUGAGUGACUGAUGCCUGCUGAUAAUGCAAGCCUUGAACUGACUCCAGAUGCAGAAGCUACCAAGCUGGGAAGUGAAGCUGAACUGCUCUGUUCUCCUUGCUGGACAUCCUCCUCCUGAUGGAUUGGGCAGGAUGAGCAGGGGGAAAGAUGACAUUGCCAUAUUAUGAUCUUGCUGCCUGCGCCUUCCUUUAAUGGUGUCUUCUGCAAGUAUAUUGAUUUGGGUUUAUUUAAAAGUUAAUUUUCAGAAUUACUUUGCACAACUUGGUGGAUUUUUGGUGUUGUUGGGUAUUUUUAUUUUUUAAGUAAAUACAAUGCACUUGUCAUCUGCAUACAACACUGUAGCAUUGGAAAUGUUCUUACUUGAUAACCUCAUCUAGGUCUUGUUUCAAAUUGGUUUCAACACAAGGCAAAAUAAAACCACUGUAUCUCUUUCCCUUGGACAAAAAAUGGGUGAAAGCACUGCUCCUUACGCAGUGAGUAUGUCAGACUUCAGUACUAAAGGGAAGUUUAAAGAAUCAAGGUUUAUUUAAAACUUAUUUUCACAGGGUAGCCAGCCCAGGUGAAAAUAAUUUUGUGUUUCUCUGGUUCAGAGAACAAAUGUAUCCAUUUAUGUUUACUUUCCUCCCUCUUCCCUCAACAGUGGUACUGAGACUGUUUUUAAUAAACUGACAUGGCAAAAACUGAGAUGUAUAUGAUGUUUACAUAAAAUUAUGAACUGUGUAUGCAGUUUUUUAUGUAAAAUAUUAAAAGAUUCUAUGCUGACA